GGUGGAGACGGCAGUGCCGACGUCUGCCGGCGAGGAGAGUACGCUGACUGCCGAGAGCGGCGAGACGGGCGAGCGGGGGCGACAGCGAAAUGGACGUCCGCAAGGAGGGGGACAGCCUGCGCUGCAGCGUGCCGCUCGAGAAGGUGCCGCAGUUCGACGCGGCUGCAGUGGUGCAGGCAGCAGAUGCAGACAAGUCGGAGCUGAAAAAGUUCCAGUUCCGCAUGGAGCCAACGCACCGCACACCGAAGGGAUUCCUGUGCGAGGUGUGUUCGACGGUGUACAAGCGCUCGUUCAGCCUGAAGCGCCACUACCUGCGCUGCCACGUCAGCGUCUGCUACCUGUCGGAGCGCGACGUCGCCAACUGCGGCAUCGCCAACCCUUCCAAGGCCGGGGCGCCGCUCUCCUACGCCAAGGCCCCGGGCAAUGUGGAGUGCCCCGGGAUGUACCGCUGCCACACGUGUGGCGACUGGUUCGACGACAGACUGACUGGCUUGCGGCCGCACCUGCUCGACCACCCACAGCCGACUGCUGCACCACCGACAGAUGCAGGGAAGGGAACGAACUCCAAGCCAGAUACGAACGGAGCGCGCACAGGUGCGGAAGUGCAGGGAGACCUGUCGAGUGCUGCGACAAUCCCCAGUGGUGCGGACGUCGCGGUUCAACCCAAAGUGGAGAUCGUACCCAGAUUUCUGUGUCUCUAUUGUGAUAAGAGGUUCGUAACGGGGCCGCUGUGCCGGCGCCACCAGAGGAGGGUGCACAUCGCCCGUGAGAAUGCCGUCCGUCAGAAGCUGUCGGCGGCAGCUACGCCCGCCGCGUCCGAAGCGAACGCGAGUAAAGGAGCUGUCGCGAGUAAAGGUGCCGCUGCGGGUAAAGAACCCGUCGCGGGGAAGGAGGUCGCGAUAAGUAAAGAAGUUCCCGCAAGUAAAGAAGCCGCCGCGGGCGAGACAAAACCUGGGGCCGUGGCGGAGGCGCCGGACGCGACUGCCGCCCCGGUCGCGAAGAAGGAGGCCCGGCCCCGGCAGCCACGGCCCCACCAAUGCCCGUACUGCGCCGGGGGCGGCACCGUCUUCAAGGAGCUGGCGGCGCUGGUGAGGCACUACCGGAGGCGGCACGCGGACCGCUACCACGUGUGCGCACCCUGCGCCACGCGCUUCCCGACGCGAGACGAGUUGGAGGCACACGGCGUCGAGAAGCACGGCAGGAGGCCGCGCUCGUUCCGAGCGGAGGCCAGGGCUGCUGCCAAGGUCCCGAGGAUCCCGCCGGCGGUGCCCGCCAACACGUGCGCCGCCUGUGCCAAGACGUUCUCCACAGCGCCGAACCUGACGCGCCAUGUGCGGGUGGCGCACCCGGGCGCGGAGCUGCCGCGGCCCGGCGGGGAGGGCGCGGCGCCGCCGCAGUCGAGCUCUCCGGGGGGCGGCGGCGCGGCGACGGCGCGCCUGUCGUCCGCCGGCGGCAGCUCGGCCACGAGCCGCAGCCAGAGCCCUGUUGCCACGGCCGUGUCCUCGAGUGCCGGGGACUCUGACUACCAGACGGCAGGUUCCUCGUCGUCGGUGCCGGGCGCCUCCUGCCAGAAGCAGAAGAAGAUCAAGAAGCUUCCCGUCUCCGUCUUCACCACUACCACCAGGUACGGCAGUGGAAGGUCGAUGACGGAACAGUCUUCGGCACGAGCUGUCGAGGUGGAACUGGCGUUCUUCAGCAGAGUGUCGGACAACAUCCGCUACAACCUGCUGCACCACCUGGACGGCAAGCUGGAAUGCUCGGCUGCUGACAGAGACGUCAAGUGUGUAAAGACGGCUGCCGACGAACGUCGGGAAUCCACUGCGGAUGUGGGCUCUGCCGGUGGCGAAGGGUGUCCGGAGUCUGCAAACUCGGGUGCAAAUGCGGGAAAGAUCGACACUGCCGUGCUGGCGCUACCCACCGUUCGGAAAGCGCCGACCUCUUUCUACCUGUCUCGGCUGGACAUCUCGACACAGCUAGCGAUGGGGCGCAGCAUGGAGAGGCCGCCCGCACCGUCGCCGCCGCGAUCACCUUCUCCGGACGACGUGCCACUCGCGGGUCGGCUCGCACGGAGCUGUGCGGCACGCGACCGCAUCGCGACCGAUGUUGACUUCCACGCGGGGCUCAAUCUCGUGCGGAAUGCUGCGGGGUGCAGUCUCUCUGUGGAACCCUCGGCCACUCGUACGGUAAACGAAGACACUGCUCCUGUGGGUGAGAGAGCUGCCCACCCACUGUCCACAUCCGCCCCUCCGACACCUACCGAAAAGGCGUGUGGGGGCGGCGACAUGCGGGUUCUGCGGCGGAGCGUCUCGGAGCGGGUGGUGGCAGAGGAGACGGCAGCUUCCACGCUGUCGCCAGAGGACGGGCGUGGGCUGGUGCUGAGUGGGGAAUGGGUGCGGCCCCGCAGUUACGUAUGCAUCGCCUGCUCGCGCACCUUCCCAGACCUCUGCGAGCUCGAGGAACACCACGUUGCAGCACACCCAAAUGUCAUCUGCACCCACUUCGAGCUGGAGGGGCAGAGUGAAAUGGCAGACGGACCGUCAUCGGCAGGGCUGACCGCGUACGACCUGUGCAGACGCCACCUCGGUGCACACUGCGCGUACGACCUGAGGGUCAGCGGUGCAGGGCUCGACAAGCCGGAAGAGGGAGUGAGGACGAGAGCCGAUGUCCACAAGGAGGCAGCAGAGAAGAAGGGAACUAGUGCGGGCACACCGCCGGAGCCGCGCUGCACAAAGUGCGGCCGCACGAGCUUCUUUGCACAUCCGGAGUUCCACAGGCACAUCUUGGAGUGUGGUGGGGACACCAUGUGGCUCUCGAGUCCGGGUGGGACGGGAGCCAAUGGUGGAGGUAACGGUGGGCGGAGACGACGCAAGUGGCGCACGUUCGGCAGCAGGAGGCGUCGUGGCGGAGGCGGGGCCGGCCGUGGUGGGUACCGGCGGAGCGCGCCUGCGACUCCCACACAGUCGGGGGCGGGCGUGGGCCACCGCGGGAGCUCGCACUCUGGUAGCGGACGGCACUUCUUGAGCGGACACCACCAUCGCAACCGACACAACCGACACCUACAACACCAGCACCACCGACACCUGCACCGCAAGGCUGGCGAUGGCGAUACGAUUCGUCGCAUGCUCGCCAACCUCCCUGCGAAGAGAUCCACUCGGAGGAUGAUACAGUUUGAUGACAUCAGGACGAGGACCCGUACCAACAUUUUGAUGCAAGCUCACCUGAACCGCUACAAGCACCUGAACCGCCGCAUCGUGACCAACGCGUCGUGCUCGUACGGUCUGCGGGUCGGCAUCCAGACUCCGCCGUCGGUACCGUUGCCAUCGCCGCCGCCGCCGCAGCCCGCCACGAAAGAAGAGCGGCGGCGACCUGCGAACGUGACGAGAGGGCAGCAGCCUCCGGCGUCUGCCCCGUGGGAGGCGGCUCGGUCCGGGUCGCCCCUCGCGAGGAGUACGACGCCUGCCGGGCGGCGCAGCCGCAGCCUGCUACUGCAGGACGUCGGAGCACCCGACGUCCACCGCCGUAGGAGCUCACUGCCACCUCCCGAGCGUCCGGAGACACCGAGCAGGAACACACGACAGGCACUGCAGAAAGCUAGCUCCGAGAAGGUACCACUACCGCUGUUGGACUCCAACCAGCAGGGGCCGACCACCAGGAACAGGAGUUUCCCGGGACCGCCACCUCUCCCUCCUCCGGCCAUCCCAGAACUGUUAACACCACAAACUGGCACGUCACGUCCACAGACUCCGAGGCCGAAGACGCCCAUUUCGAAUGCCCAGCUCGUCACCACCAGGGCGCAGACGCCGAGGCCGGCGAGUCCCGUACAACUGCCAAAAUUGAGGACGCCCGUCAAGAUGUCGGCGCCGAAGUCCACACCUGCCGAUUCGGAAGUUCCGCGGACGCAGUCGCCGAGCCCUCGGCGUGGGAACCGUCCGAAGUCGGCCCCGGUGCCGGACCCGCGCCCACAGAAAUCGACCGCCGGCUUGCCACACGUCCCGGUGCUGAGAUCCCGCGCGUCACGUCUCUCGCUCGAUUUGGGCCGACGAGAUGCUGCCACACACUCUGUUGGGACACCACCUUCUUCCCCUGCGAAGGUGAAAAAAUCGGUGCCUCCAAAAGGCAGACUGGCUCCGGAGUCGGAGAGUGAGGAGGAGAAUGAAAUGAAGCUGCACCAGACACGGAGCAGGGCAAAACAGCAGACUGGAGUACCCGAAUGCGGUUCGCACAGUACUGACAUCCUGCAAGCUGGAAAUGCGGUGCCCGCAACUAAGGGUACUGAGCCGAUGAUCAGAGGAAGUGUUGUUGAGACUGUAGAUCCAGAAAUCCAUAAGACUGACAAAAAGACUGAAUACGCAGCUUCUGACAGAGAUACCGAGCCGCUCGUGCAGGCAUCGAAGCAAAAGGUGCAGAAAGGGAAAUCAAAUAAGAAAGGACACAGUGAAUCGAAUGAUGUGCCACCUGUAAGUAGCGUGGUUGCACCUGUUGUUGUGAAGAGUGAAGAUGGAAAACCAACUAAGGGGAGCAGGAACAAAAGUAGUGGCAGAGCAUCUGACAAUGUGACCGUCAUAAAUAAGAAAGGCCACGGUGAACCGAACGAUGGCCUGCCUGCAAUUAGUGUGGUUGCACCUGACGUGAAGAGUGAAGAUGUGAAAUCCACUAAGGGGAACAGGAGCAGAAGUAGUGGCAGAGCACCUGACAAUGUGACUCUCACUCCUGAGGAAGGAGGAGCUGAUGUGAAGACUGUUCCCAAAAUGGAAUCUUCGCCAAACAGGAAGAAGAGUAGGACUCUGUCCAAAGGCAAAGUAACUUCAACGACAGUCUCCACUAGCAAUAGUAGCAGAAUGAGUUCAGCUCCAGAAGGGUCAGAGUGUGACAGCGGCAAUGUUAAAACUCGGCAAGGUGUGGAACUCGAGGCUUUGCAGUGCAUUAAAACUGAACCUGUGGACGAUGUGACAGUUGAAGAUCUCACCCGGCUCGUUACUGCCGAGAAGCAGUCGCCCGUCAGGAAAGUUUCGAAGUCGAAGAAGCCUCUAGGGGAAACUAAAGUGGUGAAAUCUCUUGCAGAAUCUGUGUCGGAUGUCGAAGUGAGCUCACGCGUAAUCGCUCCUGCGACUAAACACGGUGGAAGCAGUCGGAAGAAGGAGUCCUCCCGACCGAAGUCACUGGUGUCGAAAAAAGAAAAUGUAAGUGUAUCGGAUACGGAAACUCGUGUGGCUGUUGUUGUCAAAUGUGUGAAGAAUAACUCAAAAUCCAAGAAACCUCAGUUACUCGAGAAGAUAGAGAACGCUAAAGUUGAUAUUCCGGCAGAUGUAGAAAGCUUACCUUCAGAAAAUAUUGUGCUGUCUGUAGAUGAGGAUACAGUGAAUGACGAUGAUGACGACGAUGCCGAUGCCGACGAUGACGAUAGUAGUGAAAGUGAUGACGAUGACUCCGAUAGCGAAGAUGACGACUCUGAGGAAGGGGAGCUUAUCAGUAGAACGAGAUCUGAAAGAAAUCCGGACGGUACGAGAAUGUUCACUGUCACUCACAGGCUUCGUGCAAUGCCUAUUAUUAGAUUCAAACCGAAGAGCAUCAAAAAGGUUUCUAAAAAGAAUGUACAAGAAUCACCUGCAAAUCAGAAAGCCGAAGCUGUUCAGUCCAGUACUCCAACAUGCAAAACUCCCGACACUCCAGCAUCUGGAAAGGCGAGUGGGGCGAAGAAAGUUAAAAGCAAAGUGCAAACACCAUCAGCAGAAGGACCCGGGGUGAGUGAAAUUUCAGGAAAUAGCGACUCGGCAGGCUGUCAAGAGGGCAGUGAACCUGCAGCUUCGGGCGGAGACGCGCCGGCACCUCUGGCAGGUGCAAAAUCUCCUCCCAAAAAGCGUAAGAGCACUCCAAAGACAAAAUCUGCAAAAGAAGAGGAAACAAAAGGUAACACAGUUGGAGAAGCGGAUGUGGACCUUACUCCCACGAAGAAACGGGAGCCAGAAAUAUUGGACGGUGAUGUAGUGCCUGACGAUCUCGCCAGAUAUGAGCCUAUCGUUCUUUCCGAAAGUGAACGUGAACAUCAUCUGGGAGGAAAAGGAGAGGCAGAACAAAAGUUAUCGAAGAUCAGUGACAGGACGAGGCAGAAAAUAGGACGUCUGAGUAAAGGUGACAGUCCAGAAGGCAGUACAGAUUGGAGACUAUCUGUUGACUCGGUAAGUAUUUUGUUACCUGAAAUGGACAGUAACGCCGAUUUGAAAGUUUUGGAAAGUAAAAACCAAAAACUGCUACUCGAUAGUAGUGUGCCUACGACAUUAGGUGAAGUUUCUGUAACUGCAGAAAGUAGUGUGACAACUCCAAAACUGAAGGGUGUGAAGUUGUCAAAGAAGAAGAAGACAGGGCGACAGAAGAGUCUUCUGGACAGCUCGGUUGUUGCAACUGCAGAGCUCGGCAAUCAAUCAGUUUUGCUGCCGUACCCUCUGGAUAGCGCAGCUGGUGACAGCGAAAGAAAAGAGAAAGAUGAGGUGGUGACUGAUGCCAUUGUUAAAGCCUCCCCAACAGAGUCAGAAGCUCUGAACCAAAAAAAGACUACCUCUGUGACAAAUUCUCCCAUAAAACGGGAUCCAGUAAAAACCACUCUAGAGGGUAUCGACGGUGACGAAAAAUCUACUUUGAUAUUUUGCGACACUGUUCAGAAAGCACUGACAGCCGAGGUGAAAAUUGUGCAACGGAAGAGGACUUCAUCUCUUACAGACCUCACUGCAGAAAUUGAUACACCAUUAUCUGCUACAGGUGGUGUCGUGGAGUGUAACGUAACUGAAACUGGCCAUAAAGAAAUUUCUGAGAACAACAGAAAGAAGCAGCAGAACAAGACCAAAACAAAACAGAAACGGAGUGCAUCUGCUGCUGCUGUUGUCGAGAAACUGGAACCUCGCACAUCCACCUCUGUCAGUGUGGAGCGAGUUGUCACAGUGGCAGACGUGACGGAUUUGAUUGCUGACGGUAGUGGUAAGUCCCCGAGCAAGUCAAAAUUGAAACGCAGGAGAACUGCCUCUGCCUCAAAAGCCUCGGAAUCACAAACUGCACUGACAGACGAUAUGGUGAAAGUGGUAGACAGUUCAAUCGGUGCAAUAGCUAAAAGCGUGCCAGAUACCUUCAAGACUUCCAAACAGAAGAAAACCUCUUCCACUGAAAAUUUGACUGAGAGAUCUGACACUGGUGCACCUGUUGUCAGUGAUUUGCUAGAACAAAAUUCACAGGUUUUCCCAGAAAGUCCAGCUGUUGAUUUCAGUGAGAAAAUAGUCCCGAGUAAGCCAAAAACUUCUAAACGGAAAAGGAACUAUUCCGUUACAAUGCCUGUCCCAACAUCACAAUUAGUGGCGGAUGCUAUCGACAGUGAGGUAAUACAUUCCGUGAAGGAAGAUACGACAGAACAUUCCACAAAUGAAAGGACACCGAAUGGAAUUGACUCUGUUAAGGAAGAUGUGGGGACACUGCCAGAAAAUUCUGGGCACAAAUCUGCCUCCGUUAAGAUAUCUGCAACAUCUGACUCAAUGCUAUCUCUUACGGACAGUGGAAAGGAAAACAGAGAUGUGACAGGAGAAGCUAUAAAUAUUGCUGCAAAAUCGAUGCCGAGUACUUCUAAAAAAAGGAGAAAUGCAUCCAGUGCUAGAAAGACCAGGAGAUCUACUUCUGUAGAGGUGCCCGUACCAGAGUGUGGGGCCACAGUGGCUGAUGCUGCAAUGUGUGCCGAUACUGAAAAUGAGGAACUUCUCGAACCUCGGACACGGUCAUUAGAAGUCAGUUUCUCCGAUAGUGAGAGUGGCGUGAAAGAGCACGGGAAGUUGGAGGUGAGCACUCUAAGCACAGUGAUCCCUAAUGGGAGCCCAGUUUCUGCAGACGAGGUGCACUCCGAGAAGGGCCUCAUCUUGGCCGCCAUGAAGGUUGCAAUGAUGGGUGCAGAGGUUCGACCAUCUGCGACAGUUGACGAUAGUGAGAAUGUGCACGGGAGUUCGGGUGGCGGGAAAACUGUACGAACCGGCACCGGCCAGGGUACAACUCGGUCUGAGGCUGAUGGGAGGAACCUCUGUGACGAUAGACGGAAGGUCUGCCGGCAGUGCGGUCGUGACUUCACGUCGAAUUCCUCUUUCUGGAAACACAUCCAACGGCACUGCACGAGCCCGUGCCGGGUGACUCUGGCACCCGUCUUGUGUUCUGACGUAGGAGGGCCCCUACAGGUCGUGAGUGGCCCUACUGGCAGAGUAAACGACGUAAGCAAUUCGGCGGAUGAAGUCCGACUCGCCGUCGGAGACUCUGACGCUGGGAUUUGCACCGUAGUUGCCGACAUUGCGAAAGACGGCGAAAGUGCGGCAGAAGUAAAAAAUACGGAAGACGGAAAGGUUAGCAGUUCCGGUGACUGUGGUCUAGACGGAGAGGAUGCCAAUAUUUUUGUGCCGGAAAGCGUCGAAGUAUCAAAGGCAAGUUCUACGGGUAUAACGACAGAAGGGGAACAGGUUCAGAGUACGCACGUGAAGGAAGUAAACGACGAGGCCCCAGAAACCUACGAGGUUAGCGCCGAGCGUCCAGAUAGCAGAGUUUCGGAAGAUGCCGACGAGAUGCCUCUCGCCCGACUCCUCACCGGUGAACGCGCAGUGUCUCCUGAAGUGUGUAAUUUACAAGAAAAUGAAAGAAAAUCAGAUUACCAGCCGUGCAGUGUGACAUCGGAGGAUGCGGAGAAGGCACUGAGUGUAGCUUACAGAGUGGAAGCUGGAGGUAGAAUUUGCUUGACAAUUUCUUCCAGUGCAGUUACCGGUAAAAUGUUGGGCGACACAGUUAGCUCUGUUGCCACGGAUGUGAGGGUGGACGUUUCACAGGGAGUGGCCUCUGACGAGUCACUGUCGUCCUCAGAAGAUAAGGACAGUGGCACCAAAGAGCUAGGCUCGACAGAAGAAAGUGAAACGGUAGAAGAGAGUAGUGAACGGGAUUUGUCCGAUACGUCAAAGUCGGACGGUGUCGGUGACUUCAAUGAAGCGAUAACACCAGCAGAAAUUGGCGAAGAGGAUUUGCCCGGGAGACCAAAGGUGGACAGUGUCGGUGAUUCCGACGGAGUGGUAACACGCAAAGACGAUUUGCCCGGUAGUUCGAAGGGAGAUAGUAUCGGUGUCAGUGACAGUGUGGUAACACAGUCAGUUUCAUCUGCAACGAUUGUAGUAGCUUCGGAGGGUGACAGUUGGAGAAGUUUGGCAGAUGUGACGGAGGCAGCUCCGGGUCUGACUGAACGUAAAGAGGUGGAGGCUGCAGACGGCUCAGUGGAAAAGGCAGCAGAUGAAGAACCACCACCAGACGGAAACGUCAGUUCUGACUGUCUUAAGAAUGCCGACAGGGACGGCAGCAAUCUCGAUCCCGUCAUCGAACCGCCAGAACAGACAGCAGUGGCCUCACCUAAAAGGAAAAACAAAAAACAGGAGCGUCAGCAUUGGGCUGCGGCGAGUAUCUCUCUGCAGACAAAUUCCGAUGCACCGGCCGUCACUGCAGAUCCUGAACCAUUAAAAAAUUCGAGCAAGAAAAUUGUGAAUGCCAGGAAGGCAGAACAUGCCAGACUGGCUAGUCAGGGCUGGGAGGGGUCGGGUUCGGGCACCUCUGAGGGGGAAGAAGAUGUGCCUCUGUCCUCACUGCUCAGGACUGUAAAGGAGUCUCGGAAGGUCGAUUACGAAGAGCCGACUGAGGUGCGUCAAGAAAACGUGGAAGGCCAGCUGAAUGUCAGUACGGUGGUCAGCUGCACUCCCGAUGUCACUCGAGGGAGGUUGCCGCGUUCAGGGGAGGAGUGUGCCGCAGCUGCUGAGGAGGCGUGUCACACUUCCAGCCUGACCAAAGUGGAAAUGCCUACGUUUGAAAAGUGUGCCACAGAAUCUGGGGGAAUAACAGUGGACUCGGCAGGAGACCACGAGGAGGUUGCAACUGUCUGUAGUGUCGAGAAAAGCUCGAAAGAAGUUGCGGACUUUGUAUCCACUGACGUCAUUCGGGAGUUUCAAAUACCCUCAGAGGCUAAAGAAGUGCGAUACACAUCUUCAGAAUACUUGUCGAGCAAAAGGAAGAGGGCUUCUGAAGAGGAUAAGGACGAUUGUUUGAUCACUGGUACUGUUGCUGCUGCUAUUUGUACUAAAGGGGGAGUCGAAGCCAACUCAGUUGCAGAUAUCCAACCCUUUAAGGUGGCAAAAAAAGAUGUGCCGAUCGAUAGUACAUGUCCGGAGGACGAGAAUGCAGAGUUGUCAAUAUUAGUGAAUGAGAAUGCUCGACUCGGAUUGGCAGGAAAUGGGGGGCGACCUGCGUCUUACGACAGUUCGAGCGAGUUCGAAGAGGGGACCGGUAUCGAGAUGUCUGCUGUAGUUCGUCUGUCGGACGAAGUGACAUCAAGACGUGUGGACACACCUGAGGCCGGUGCAGAGUAUGCGAAUGUGCCAGAAGUAACUGCCGAACUGGUCCGUACUAGUCUCGCACAGGCAACCGCAGAGCAAAACUCUGGCGAAGUUGCAGUUUUGUCACACGGCAGCUUCGAAUGUGUGGAGCCGGCAGACACCCUUCAAAUUUCGGACGAUCAGAGUGUUGUCGAUCUUACUCCUGAGGAAAUUCAGAAUUUACUGCCUCCCUUGCACACCAGUCCUAAAAUGGACUCUGACAAGUUUGGGAACACGCCUCUAGAUACUGAAGAUUUGACUGCUUGCUUUAACGCCCCGUCAGAAACUCUGCCCGACCCGGAAUUUCUUUUUUCGGACUUACCGGUGCCCGUACAUUCGUCGAACACGUGUGACCGUAGUGUGCGGCCGGAGGUGAAUGUAGAUGGAGUGCCAACUGUGGAUGGACCCGAAGCGGCGGCACGGCUGCCAAUUACAGACAGACUGGAGCCAGAUUUCUCGAUCAGUAUUCCCGAGUGCGGAGACACGACAGUGGGCAGUGGAGAGGAAAAUGCGGAGGACAUUUUAAUAGGUGGCUUACUGCCACACGGUGAGGAGGAAGUAUCGGAGGUUAACGUAAACAUAGCUGGAGGUCUGCCUGAGAAGGAAGUCGAGCCACCGGCAAAAGGUGAAGGGCAAUACGGUGACGAAGAGGAGAGGACAUCAGAGAAAAAUGACGAGCAGUUUGUAUACCACUCAGAGUGUGCAGCUGUCGAAAGUACUUCCCACGAGAGUUGUCCUGACGUUUUGGACAGAGGAAGAGAUGAGAUUUAUGAGGAUGAGAAAAGAGGAGAGGAGGAAGGAGAAGCAGUCAAUGAAGUGAUGAGCAGUAGAGGAGAGCAAAUAUCUCAGUUACAAGAACAGUUGCCAGCAGCAGAACAGCUAAAGAACAUUUGUAUAGAUGCUACUCUCAGUGAUUCAGAAGCACUGGUUAAUGUUACAAAACGAGAAAAGAUUCUCACGACGUGCUCUGCAGAGAUGGACAUUUCUGACCCGAGGGACUACCUAGAGGAAGUUUCCCGGACCAAUUCUGACAGUGAUAAAAGUCCCGAUAAAUUGCAGCAGGAAGAGAAAGCUGUAAAGCUGUCUCAACGUCGGAAGCAACGCAAGCGGAGGAACAGUGCUAGGGAGAAACUGUUUGCUACAGCUGACACCAGCGAGGCUCCGAGUGAUGGUGGCAGUACGGACGGAAAUAUGUUUUCAAAAGUAGAAGUCGCUUCUGGACCUGCCAGUUCUCCUGCGGUACAGUGCAGAGUGAUGAGACAGUCUGACGGUAACUCCUGUGGACAUCUGUUCACUGAAAAAUUGGGAGAUACUACCGAUGAAGUGGGAGUCCUCUGUCCUACACAUUCUGAUGAUGUGACAAGAGGUGUACCGGAGAAAGACACAAAAACAUUCUGUGUGGAGGACUUUCCUAUAGGAAAUCCAGAUUGGGGCUACGAGAACAUACUAAUGAAGGAACCUCCAUUUAGUGACCCGGCAGGUGCCUUUGUAGGGAAGCCUGCGGUUGCGAAUCCUUGUGUCGACGUUGUGAAUCGGGAUGUGGCGCCUCUUGCUGUUGGCCACAUUAGUAAGGAGUUUGAUACCUGCAAACUUUUGGUGGGUGUGGAGAUGUUACCUAACAGUGUUAGAGACUAUAGUACAGGGAGUCAUACGGACGAGAAAAAUAGAGAAAAUAAAGAUGACACACAGCUGUCACCGCGACCAGUUGUUGAGGCACUUGACAAACUACUCGGGUCACAGGAGAGUGAUUUGCCAGAGAUUCAGAAAUUAGACACUGAAAGAGAUGACAAAACGAUAACUGCAGUAAGUCCAUUAGCUUCUUUUGACAGUAAGGCUGUUAACUUACGUCCUAAACACACAACUGUUGCUCGAGAGGGAACAGAUGUUAGUUCUGACAACAGAGUGGGUGACGUUGCCGAGAUUUGGACACAAGAUGCUGCCGUGCCGGGAAAAGUGGCAGCCUCGGGGAAAGGUGGAUGUUCGUUCGAAGUCGAGUGCAGCAGUAAAAUUUGGGAGAAUGGAGAUCUGCGGCCCGUUUGUAAGCAGAUGUCAGGGGAAGUCGAAAUCAAUGUCGGUCAUGGGACCACGACACCACCUAGCAGUCCGUACGGUGUAGCGAGUCUGGAGCUCGGAGAGGAGAAUGUUCGGCAUCUGCAGAAUACCGAAGCACCUAAUAUGUUCGAGCAGAGAGGGGAUGACAAUAUAUUGGGAAAGAUUACCGGAGAAGCAUUGCAGACCGAUAGUCACGGAGCUGCAUUGACUGAAUGUGAGACCGUCUUUUGUGAGCAGAGUGAAAGGCAAAACGAGGACGCAGAUUUCAAAUUGAGUGACGAGGCACGGGAGCUACAGGACCGAGAGCAGUCUAUUCUCACAACUGACGACACACUCGGAGCCUUUUCCAAGCUUUACGAGGUGCCAGACGAGAGUAGUGACUUCGCAGCAGACACUCGGUUCGCGAAGGUGACGAAUGAAGUAUCCGAUACGAGUGAGCUCUCGCCGUCGAUAGUACGCUCUGCGACCGGAGAGAUACUUCCGACUGAGGAGUUCGUGAGAAAGGAAUCGGAUCCUGUCACUGACGAGAGGCCACAAAAGGGGAAGCGCAGGAAGAGAAACAGAGAGAGGAGCAGAGUGCUGGCGGCUGCGGAGAGCACAGACAGCACAGUCACAAUAAAGGGAGACGAUUCUUCCUGUAUCUUAGAAAGGGCCAAUUAUUCGGUGACCCCAGAAAUUGAUCUGCCUGUGACGGGAGGCACGUUUGCCACAGAAACAAGUCUGGUGAAAUGUGAAGGUCAGGAAAAUAUAGCUGGUAUGAGCAACCAUCCUGCAGAGUGUGUAGUUGGAAAUACAUGCCUGCAAGAGACAGUGUCAAAAUCUGAGGGGAUCCCAAAGAUACUAGAUGUUAUACCUAAUAUUUCAGUGUGUGGGAAUGUCAGAAGAGUACAGAGUCCUAGCACAGAGCUGGAGGUGCAGAAUUUCUCAAAGCAGACCAAAGAUGGGAAAGGAAGCAAAACCAAACGUGAGUGCAGCAAAGAGGAAUUCAUUUUGCAGCCGACAGUGGAGAUAAAGGGUACAGAAACAGAUGCACUGUCCAUGGAACGUAUAGGAAGAAGUGAGGGUGACAGAGUAAUACCUGCCGAUUGUCAGAAUUCGACCGUAGAAGUUGUCGAUGAAGGGGUACCAUCCACUGUCGGUGAAGAGGAUGCGGCAGGGCGAGUUACUGCUAUAUUGCAGGCGGAAGACAAUGAAAGUAAUGAUACUGUGAAUGAGAGAGAGAAUAAAGAGCCCGAGGGGAGCCAGCAUCUACAGGGUGAGGAAAAGGUGUGUGAGGUCGGAAUAGUACCACCACCGACAGAAUCUGGUCACAGUGGCCUGUGCCACGUCAAGGAUGCCGUAGAGGAGAUGCAAGUUCCAGAAGUGAAGACAGACACAGAGUUUGCUGUAACGAAUCUCAGUUCUACAGUGUCAGAAAUUUUGGACGAUGGUGAAAUCACCCGUUCCAAACUGCAGGAAUCUCAGCAGCCUACUGUCAAAGUGCCUCUGUAUUUCAGUGGCUCAGGGGCAGACAGCAGAAAAUUGGCGGUCGGCAGUGUGGAAGAGAACAUUGCAGUCGAGCCGACGAAUGACCCUACAGUCGAGCUCUCCAAGCUAGACGAAAUGCUCAACAGAAUAGUACUUCCCACAGUGCCGACAAAGGAAGGGCCCACUGAAAUGGAUCAGGCCAGAUGCAGUUUGGACAGUUUGCUCAGAAUUGUUACAGAUGGAGAUUCGCAUACUGACGAAAAGGUCGGAAAACUGGAGCAGGACGAUAUGCCGUCAGAUGCGUGUCCGGCAACGGGAGAGAGUACCGUACUGCGAGGGGACAUCGGAGAAGGACUCACAUCGACACCUGUACUCGGCCACACAGUCGGCUCCGAGGAGGCGGAUGACAGAGUUGCAGUGCGUCCUGCUGAACCUGUCGAAGUCGAACAGAAUCGUACUUGUUUAGGAGACAAUGAUGAAGACGAAAAAACUGCUCUCAGUGGGCUGCUCCUUUCGUUGGCAUCACCUGAGAAAUUCUCAGAAUUUCGUGUCGAUGCUGUGGACAGGAGGCAUCGUCACCGCCACCACCACCGGGAGAAAAAAAGUGGCAAGGAGUCAAAAGAUGACAGGGUAGAAAAUGUGUCGGAGGUAGAGGACUCGGACAGAUUACAAGCAGAGAUAUUACAGAGGUUGACCAGUGCUAGAAACCAUCACAGGAGUGGCAAAAAGAACCACCACAAGCACGACAAAUACAGAACACAACACGAGGCUCGAGAGUGGUCAGUUCCCACAGAGCCGGAUCACUCGGAAAGUCAGUGUACUGCCGAGUCUGAUAAAAGAAAUGACUUCCACAUUCCCAAAAUAAAAUCCUACAGGAGUAAUCACGGACCGAGCACGCCACCUGGGGAACCUUCCUGUGAAGCGUUUAGUCCGGUACAGUCAGAGUUUGAUGCGCCUAGGGCCGGAGGACCACGGGAGGCACUAGGUGACACUAAGGAUGCCGAGACUGAAAACAGUCCAACUGCAUUUGCACUGUCCACCCUCGAAUUGCCGAAUAAGGGAAACAAGAAGACGAUUCCAAUUCCAAGGAAGAAGGACAACCGUAAACACCACUCGGAGUCACCCACAGACGAAGUACUCUCGGAUUCUUGUAGUAAAUAUGAUAUAGUUAAUCCUAGACUGAAAGAACACAGGGCAGACGAGGGGGACACCUUUCUGGAAGAGUAUGUGUACAAAUCGUCCACCAGGAUGCACAGCCUCAGUUCCUUCGGCAGAGGAGAUCUGUUCAACCAGUCGAGGAAAGAAUACCGGAGGGAACACGGGAAGGCCCCGAGAGACGAAGGUACGCCAUUGGCGGCAGAUGUGGGAGCUUCGGUCACUUGCAGCACCAAACAAGAAACUGGAAAAGGCCAGAGAAGAAGUCCCGUACAAAAUUAUCGACAUGAAACUGUCCACCCGUUGCAACUUCUUCUGGAUGCUGCUAGUAGGGCUGACGAAAAUGGCUUUCUCACUUCUUGCGACAGAAUCUCUGGCACAGACCCAAAUUCUCCGAGUUACCUGGACACUAAUUUGGACAAGAGGAAGUGCCAGGAUGGCGAUUUUACUAGUUCGGAGAUCGAUUCGAUUGGCACGAGUGGUAACCUCGGGACUGUAAGAAACCCCGACAGCCCUGUACGUGCCGAUGUAUACUCCACAGAGCAGCAGAAAAAAUCUUACAGUGACGCUCUGGGCUUCCCGUCGAGAGUCAACGGACGGAGAGAUACGCACAAGCAUUCAAAGAAAUCGCACAGAAAAGACAGGCUGAAGGACCACACAUCGAAAGUUGUAGACGGUAUCAGAAAUAAAUUUGACAAAAAAGAGUGUCGCCGUGAGGAAAACAGUGUACGCAUCUCUGCAAAGUACGGCCCGUCGACUGAUAUCGUAAGCACAAUUUCGAGAUCCACAGCUAAUCGUAUUGACGAUAGAGUGGCAGGUGAUGUCGAAGGUUUAAAUCACAAAUUUUCUUCGCGGUAUAAGUUCCGAGACGACGAUUCUGUCAGCCAAACUAAAUUAGAAUUUGACACCACCUUUCCAGGUAGUAUUCCAGCAGAUAAACCCAGAACCCAAGUUGGAAAGAAUUACCAGAAUCUUGAUACGCAGUCAAAGGGUGCAGCUCGAGAAUAUCCGAACGAAGAUAAAGACGUAUCGUCGGUUCCCGACGAGGUACUGAGUCCACCACGGAAACGCCACCGUGACGAAACUCAGACGGUAGUCGGCAAGAAGCACUCCGUAUGCGACAAUAAAUCCGAAUACGUGUCUCGCGAGCGUGUGGAAGUGGCAGAGGCUCAAGGGCCACCUAAAAGAUCCCACCGGGUCGAAAAGAGUUUCAGAGAGCACCACCGGCAUCACAAAAAGCACAAGUGUGCUGCAGAACGAGGUUCCCACAAUCAGAGCCCGACUUCACUGAAAGGUCACAGGAGGGAACACCACAAACACCACCGGCAUCGCCACCGCCAUCACCACCGCCACCACAGGAAAGAGGGAGAGAAGGUCGAGCCGAACAGUGCGGUAGCUAACAGUGCCGAAUCAGAAGACCCGUCAAAUAAAUACGACAGACGGCAGGAAGUAGAUACCACUGUCGAAGAAAUAGGUAGGGUACAAUCCGAAGAGAGAGUGGAACAGAUCGAUGUAGAUGAAGCACCUACGGAAAAGUGUGACCGGCAAGUGACAGUAGACACUAUUUUGUCAGACAGUGGAGUCGUAUCCAUCCCCGUCGAGAUACUAGUCUCGGGUGACGAUGCCGACAGUAGCCUGAGGCGCCACGAAGAAAAACGUGUCCGUGAAGAACUCGAGGACAUGUUGCAGGUUCUGGAAGGUAGUGCCCGUAAAGGAGACCGCCGAGAAACUGCCGAAGCUGUAACUUCGGAGCAGGUCGCGGGAUUUGGCGGAGAGUUCGGAAUAUUUCCCCUCGGAGACUCGGCGGGUCAGCAGGACGUUACGGGAUUGGGAGGACCCGUCGGGAUCGGAGCAGGUCUGACGUUAGCGUCGCCUCCGCCACCGUUGCUACAGCAACAGCUACAGCAGACUUCCAGUGCCGGCGAGCUGACGGAGGACGAGAUCAUAGAAAUCCUCUCUGAAGUGGAAGGGAACAACACGGUAAGGGAGCCGUCACCACUGGUCACUCCGAAGAAAGACUUCCACAGGAAGCAGCUCUCGGAGGUCGAGCAGGUACGGCCGUCAGUCGAGCCGCGAGCUCCGCCAGAGGUCCUGUCGGAUGCCGAAGACGAUCUCCCACUCUCACUGUCCGUGUGCCUCGGCAGCUUACCGCAGACGACUCCCGCUAUGGACGGAGACGUUCCCGUCGCCCGGUUCGGACCAGCCACUCCGUCGGGCCCACCUGUACUACAGCCGUGCACUGUAGACGGACUGAAUGGUGAACAAGUCUUGCCUCUGCUGCCUGCAGAACCGACACCGCCUCGGCCUGACGAUAGAGGAGAAGUCUGCAAUUUAGACGAGAAACUGGGUCCGCCGACACUGGAUUUGAUAGCUGCACCUCAUGCCGAGGAGGUGGUGCCUGUUAAAGAGGGGGAACCUUUCAGUGAAAUACCUGUGUUGUCUCCGGCACCGGCUGUGGCAGAGAAGGAAAUACUGGACAUCGACAGGAAGAAUAAACACGAGAAGAGAUCGAGGCGACACUCGGAAUGUGGUGAAAAGCAGAAGCAUGUCGUGCCACCCAUCUCGAUAAAGAUUACGUUACCGAUUGCCGAUAUUGCCGAUCCCCCCGCCGGUGCAGUUAAAUCGCAGAAGAAAAAGGAACGUAAAAAGCACAAGAAGAAGGAAAACUUGCUUCAAAAUUUUGCUUCGGAUAAUACUACCUCUGUUAGUGAAAUGCCUAAGGUGGUUGCAGAGUCUGGUGAAUUAAUUCAGAAGGUCGAGGUGACAGAAGACACUGUAGAGGAGAUGCCACCCGUACGCCUACCGGAAGUGCUAGACGUGGAGUGUGCCGAUUCUCGAGUUCUCGAUAGUGACGAACGUUUGGAUCGGAGUGGAGAGACUGUGUUUGAUUCGGCUGCAGCAGCAGGGGAAGGAGAAACCGUCGCAGAGACGGCACGUGUCGAACCCCGAUCGGAACCGGAUGCAGAGACAGAUCGCCAGGAGACUACCAAGUCUCCUAAGAAGAAGCAGUCUAAGAGCCCUCAGAAGCGCAGGAAAGACGGACGUGCCUCACAGAACACGGAAGAUGCGGACGAGGCUCUGGCACGCACAAUAUCUGCCCCUAGGCCACGCCGACUGGCGAAAGAGGUCGCUUUGAAGGAAGUGCGCAACCACUUCCUGAUAGACGGACAAUUGGAGGCUCUAAUCGGAGCCAAUGUCGAGGACGAGUUGUCGUUGCUUGCCGUCGACAGUGCACUUUUCGGGGUUACUGACCGACCUGAACCAUCUGGGGACAAGAACAAGCAGGAUAAGACCGGUUCCGGGCAAGGGGAUGCAGAAGCCGACACUCCCGUGAAAGCCGUACGUCCCGCCGUCGCUCCGACAGAAAGUGUCGCAGCCGACGGGCGGAACUCCACGGCUACCCGCACCACGUCUUCUUCGGUCACCGAUCAGCGCGGGAGGAGGAAAGCCAGGGCUGACAUCUCAAAGACGAAUUGUGUUACCGAAGGUGAGGAUGUAAAAAGCAGUAACAGAGAAGUGGUCGACCGAGACGUCAAAUCGGAGAAGGCGACAAGCGAGUUGACAGUGGAUAAGAUAAGUGAGCUGCAAAAGGUGACGGAGGGAGCCGAAGAGCAAUUGCCUGCUACACCUCUGAAGCGAGCCUGCAGUUCUCCCGGAAAGAGCCCCGAACCGAAGAAGAAGGUGAGGAGAGUCAAGGCAAAAUCUGGAGUCGUGCCGAUCACUAAGUUGGAGAUUCUGCCGAGUGCACGAGAUGUAGUGCCUGCUGUGAAAAGUGUCAAAGCAGAAUCGCAGGCAGCAAUUCCGAAUGCAGACAAACUGAAGAUAUCUCUCGGAGACAAAAAGGUUGAGGAUAAUUGUGAGACAGAGCACAAGGUGACACCGGAUUUGACGAACAAACUGUACGUAUCCCCCAAAGAAUGCCCCACGUCCCCGACCCUCCCGAAAGCGCCGCAUACGGACGACAGGAGUUUUCGCUCGUUAACUGUGAGGGAGAAGCGAUCGACUCGCUGCAACCUGUCGUACGAGGAGAUGUACACGUCUUCCGACGUGACGAGCGAGACGGACAAUAGCCAGGAGCUUCCUGCGGAGGCUGGAACCGGCCGUGUGCCGGGUAGCGGCCAGGCAGCGCUGCCGUUCCCGCCGAGAGCGAGCAGUGAUGACAGUGACGAGUCGGGCGAUAGCGAUGGUGACGACAAGCAGAGGAAGCGGAAAGGAUCCAAGAAGAAGGUGACCACACCGGAAGCUGGCACUUCUAAUUCAGGGGUGCCGAAGCGACGGAGCAGUACCGGAUCGUCGAAGUUCUACUGCGCGGCCUGCGACCGGCACUUCACAACGGCUUACAAUUUGGCAAAGCACGCCCGCUCGAACAGGCACGUGGCGCGUGCCAUGGCGCGCCUGCCGAUGGUGGGUGUGGAGCAGAACCCGGGGCCGAGUGGAGGCGGGAAGCUGCAGACUGGGGCUACGUCCCCGCGUUCGGAGGUGGAGGCGGACGAGCGGCCGCAGGUCGCAGCAUCCGGUGUCGGAGUCGGAGGAGGAGUGGCGCAGCUGGCACCGACUGCGGAACGACUGCCCGCGACGGCGGCGAAUGCCACGUCUGCAGAUAGCUCACUCGCAGACGUCGCGGAGGAGUCCGAGGGGGAAAUCCUCCGCAACCAGGAAUCCGGAUGGGAGCGCCGCGUGUCGAUCCAUAUGAGCCUGUGCGAGAUCCUGCGAGCCAAGGGCGACGACGCCGUCAAGGACCCGGCCACGCCCCUCGCAGACUCCGCAACGGCGACAGAAAUCACGACCGCGGGCGCCACCCGCGCGGACAGCGUGGCGAGCUCUGCGGACGACCCGCCGCUCAGCACCAGUGACGAUACCACUGCGUCUUUCAAGGUGCGCGACGCAGAGGCGGUUCCUUCGGACACGGGAUCGGUGUGGCCGUCGCCCGCCACCACGACCGGGACCGGAGGUGGCGAGGACAGCCCGGCACCCCCGGCGGUGCCCCCGGUGCCGCAGCCCCCGCCGGCGGCGACGGCAGCGGACGGCCCUGUGUCGUGGCACCCGCCGGACUGGCCGCAGGCCGUCGCCUGGAGCCAGAGGGGCUACGACUCCCCCGCGACGACAGUGCCGCCACCGUCGGGUCCGUGGCCGGACGCGGACUCCGCUCCGUGGGCGUCGGUCACUCCUCCGCUGCCGCACCAGCCGACAGAGCAGGCGGGCUGCUGGGAGAGGGGAGCGGAGGUGGCGUGGGGCGGAGCUGCCGCCCGGGACGCGUGGGGGCGGCCGCUGCAGCCCGCCUGGGAGCGCGAGAGCGGCACCGGCCUCGACUCCUUCAUGGACUCCUUCAGCCAGUCGCUGCAGAUCCUGGGCAGCCGUAAUGCAGACGACGCGGCGGGUGUUGGCACAGACGCGGGUACUGUGCCCCCGGACGCCUCCACUGUCGCACUGCCGUACCCCGUGGCAGACCCCGCGGGGUUGCGGGAGCUGCAGAAUGCGAUGGGUGCCACGGACGAGGAGAUGGCCAUCCUGCAGCAGCUGGGUGGUGCGGGGCCCAUUUGGGUGCCCAUCAAGGCCGAGGCGUCAGCUUCAGUGUCCGCGCCCGAGGAAGAGGAAGAGGAGGAGGAGGCAGACAUCGUGGACCUGGACCACCAGCGGACCGCCCCGGAGGCGUCGCCCGCAGACGUCACCCGCAGAGGCGGCGACGGUGCGGCCGUGCUGGCGGGGGCGGGCGGCGAGGCACCGACGGGCAUCGAGAAGGCCGUCCCGGACACUUCCGCCCGCCGCGGUGGUGUCGGAGGUGCCACGACCGUGGCACCUGUCGUCGGCUCGGUUAAGAGGCAGUACGGAAUGCGGCCAUCGCGCGGGGCCGGCAGCAGUGUGGAGAACCUGCUGGCGGCGUACGAGGCGAAGGAGAUGGUGUGCCCGUCCUGCCACCGCUUCUUCCUAGGGGUGUCGGCCCUGCAGCAGCACGUGCGCGUGGCACACGACGGCCGCGUCGGCCCGCCCCCGCUCAAGAAGUCGAGGGCGUCAGUAGCAGGGUCUUCGGUCUCGAAGCGUCCCGGUGGGUCCAUCGGCUGGCCGGUGACUUCCGGCACUGGAGUGGCGGGCGCCGGCAGCGGCUCGUCAGAGUCCGGCGCGGCCGCCGCGGCGUCGGCACUGGGCACGUCCGCCGACUCACCGCGCAGGCUGGCCUGCCCACACUGCCGCGAGCUGCUGGCGGGGAAGGACGCAUUGGCUGCACACGUCGCGGAGGAACACCCGGCCAGCAUGACGACCACCGGUUCCGCCACUUCGACGACGCCGCUGGGCUGCAGCGACGAGGCGGAAGGGCUGAAGACGCACAUCUCGACGGCUCUUGGCGGUCUGCUGGACCGAGCCCUCAACAACCUAUUGGAGAGAGGACUCAGCCCAGGUGGCUCUGCCCACCUCCCCAGCCUCAACCAGCCGACGCUGAGCCUGCUGCAGAAGCUGACGGCACGCCGCCCCGCGACGUCGUCCGCGUCCGGGUCGUCGACGACGACCGGCCGACCGGCCCCCGUAUACAACACGGAGCUGGCCAAGGAGAUGCGACGGCAGAUUUCCAAGCCGCGCCCCGCGGGACUGGCGCUGCUGCGAGCGACCUCGAGUGCUGUCGGCAUGUCCGACUCGCAUCCCUACGUCUGCUUCUAUUGUGAGAGCCGGUUCGAGCAGCAGAGCACUCGCAACAGACACAUGGUGCGCACACACAAGAACGAGAUGAUCUGCUCCAAGUCGAAGCAGGCAGAGCCUGAGAAUGAUCCGGACGAUGCAUCUGGUGGUGAAGACUCUGACCACAGUUGGCGUGAACCGAGCCCCACCAACUGGACAUCUGAGACACCUGGUGGAGACAUGGGAGGUGAUGGUGAUUUCCUGUGUUCAGAUUGCGGCAUCAACUUCAGCACGCCACAGGAAGUACUGGCGCACCGCAAAGCGGAGCACAGCCGGCCCGAGCCCCCACCACAGGAGUCGUCGCCCGCACAGGGCAGGGGCCGUAAUGGCCGCGGCAGGGGAGGCGCCGCGUCGGGCCGGGCCGCGCCCGUGUCGCCACCCGACGGGGAGACUAUAAAGCGGCAGGCGAUGGCGGCACUGCGUGAACUGGGUGCGCAGAGCCGGCGGGGCGGGGGUCGCGGAGCCUCGCAGGCCAAGUGGGGCAUGCGGUUCCCACUGGCUCCGGCGUCUGGCACGGAGGGUGCCGUCAAGCUGGAGAAGGGGGCAGCCUUCAGCCUGCCACUGGUCCGCAAGGCGAGCGGCCCGGGCCCGAGAUUCGCCUCCCUGGAGAGAAAGCGCGGAAAGAAAGCGGGAGCCGGCAGCGGGGGUGACGAAGCGUCGCCCGGUCCGUCGCCGGCGCGGCUCGACGUGUACGAGUUCGCCGACGAGGAGACGCUGGCCGAGCGACCAGAGCUGCAGAGGCGGCCGGCGGGGGUGGGGGGGGCCGUCGUCGCCACUCCGGACACCCCCGCGGGUGCUACCUCUACAGCCGAGCUGGCCGAGGAGAAGGAGAACGGUGCGAAAACUGUCGAGCAGACCGCUACGUCGGAGCUCUCAAAAGAGGAGGCGGUUCCCCGAUCGGAGACGGCGGGAGGGGAUGCGGUCGAGGGUGACCAGCCCUCCACCGGGAGACCCCAGCGACGUGAGAGGCGGCGCAAGUCGUGCGCGGACUUCCCUUCGGACCUCAGUGACGUACUGGACGAGUCAGACAGUGACGGCGAGCCCCGGGCCACUCCGGUCGCCCGCGUCUCCGCCGCGCCCAGGGGAGGUAGGCGGCCGAGGCGGGGAGCCGGGAGGGGGGGCCCCGGGAGAGGCGGAGCUGGCUCGGCGAGGCGGCGCGGGAGGGGGCGCGGAGGCGGCGGCGGGAGGAGACCCGCGCACACGGCUCUCGCCGUCACCGGAGCAGCCCCGCCCGCACCGGUCGCCAUCUCGGCGAGCAGCGACGACGACGAGGGCGAAGGCCCGGCCCUCCCGCCGGCCAAGGUGCCGUGCAGGGCGACAACGCCCGACGACUCCAGCCAGAGCUCCUGCGACGUGAAAGGAGCAGUGGCCGGCCCCGUGGGUGCCGCGGCCAGGAGGCGCCGACGCCGUGCCAAGUCGGAUCUGCUCAUCUCGGUGUUCCGGGCCAAGGCCCGCCACGUGUCAGUUUCGGCAGCGGCUGGAGCCGACAGUUCGGAGGACGGCACUGCGUCCGGCGGUGUGGAGCCGCCCGUCUGAUAAGCGGCCACUGGGCGUAUCCCUCCUGCAUCCUCUUGUCAAAUCUAUGGCAGUGUAAACUGGCUUCCCUGCUGCAGCCCCAGUUGACGCCAGAUGCUGUCGACGUCGCUCUCGAGACACUCAGUGCUUCGAAGUGGUGACAUUUCUGUCAGAUGUUGAAACGCCGUAGUCCUUUUGUGAUAGUACGAUAUUGUGUUAUGGGUGGGGAGAGACAAUGAGAGUAUGUGGAUCUGCUCUCAAUUUGUGUACUAAAUUCUCUCGUGACCCUCAGUCUGCGUGUGACCGAGUAACAGUACAAUAACUUUUGACCAGCUCGCAUUGCGUCGGUGACACGGUAGACCUCGGCAGUACUCGCUGCUCGUAUAGUGUGGACGGUCGGGAUACCUAUUGCGGAGACAUACUCGAACCACUGCCAGUUUUUUUGUUGUAGUCAUCGUGUGCUCGUAAAUACUCUCGUAUCUCUUUUAGUAACUUUAUAGGUUCUCGACGGGACCUGUUUGUGCAUGGCAAAUUUCACACCCCUCUAUUUCGUGUCAGUUUAAAGUAUGCCACUUCUUCCCUGUGCAUCUCUGCAACCGAAUUAAAUUAAUUUUUCCAAAAGGGUUAAUGUAACAUAAAUUACUGCAUCCACUCAAAGUGUCUAUUGUAACUGACAGUAAAGGUAGGUGAAAUUUGUGUUCACAAGUGUGCCGUGCGAUCUUAGCGCUUGUUACAUUUUAGUGUCAAUUUGUUAUGUUGUUCACAGUUGCUCAGGUUCAGUUGACGGUGACAGUUCAGUGCGGUUCAAGAAAUUUUGGACUUUUGGAGAGGUAUUUCAGAAGUGAAAUGUGAGAGUGGUGCAGAUAUAGUGACUGGUUUUUUACCUUGUAUGUGGAAGAUGAGAGCAGAAUGUGUGGACCUGCUAUCGAAACUGCCAAUAUAGUGCCUUUUUUUCCCAGCUUCAGGUGGAAGCAAUUUCGUGUACACAUUAUAAUAGCAGAAACUGGUAUUGCGAUCGAUUUAUUGCUCGUGAAGUGUGUCUGAGUGUGUGAUGUGUGUCUCUCUGAAUAUUCCACAAAUUGAAAAUGUCCAGUUACGUGAUCUCUUAGUUUUUUUAGGGUUGUGCGUUGUUUGCAUGUUACAGGACGGUUCUUUUGUUUCGUACCGUAUCGGUUUGUGUUCGAGUGUAUUGUUUUGGUAUUGUUAUAUUUUUUACUUUAUUCUGUUCCUUGCAUGUGUUUCUCUGGGCACUGAGACGUGUGCACAAUCUUUCCUACCUUAUCUCCAGUCGUUUACUACACGAUAUAUUGAAUUGCCUGAAAAAAUUUCGUACUGCCGUUCGACAGAAUAUAGUGAAACUGCGGGUCUCUGUGGCUGUUCUUAACACUGAUAAAUUACGUGGGAGGCCCGAGAGAGAUCGUGUGCUGCUCCGGUUUGCACUUUAGGUAAUCGACUCUGCCUCAAAUUUGUCCGCCGCACACGUCAGUUGCCCGGGGUCGCAGGAAGCCGGCGGUUUCCGUCCCCGCCUGCCAGAUUUUUCAACUCGUGUAGUGGCUUUGCAUUGGUACUAGAAUGAUGUGUGGCAGCAAGGUACGUGCCAGAAUACUCUGUUGCCAGCUGUUGAAAAAUUGUGUCACGUGGCCCCUUUUACGUCGAGUCUGAUUAAUGUGGAAAGUGAAAUUGAUCCGAAUUGGUGGCACCACUUUCUGGCUGGGGGCGGAAUCUGCAGGGUUCUGGGGUGCUUUUUGUAGUCGUCCUUUGUGCUGAACAGCAUUCUCAAAUGAAGCCAAAUUCCUCUAUGUAAAAGAUGUCUAUAUGAUGUAUAUUUAGGUAUAUGUUAUAGAGUAAAAAGAUUUAGUACAAUUUAUACUAUUAUUCACUGAUGGAAUUUCAGUACAUUAUGUACAUAUAUAUAAAUACAUACAUAUAAAAGGAAAACAUAUAUAUAAUAUUGAAAAUUUGAAAUAAAUGACGGAGCCUAUAUAUAUACAUAUGUGUAAAUUAAUAAAGAGUGUUAGUGCAUCUUCCAGUUCUGUUUUUUAAUGAUAAAAGCCACCUCUCUUGUGUUCCUGCAAGUGUUAUGAAUAAAUAUAUAAUUAUAAAGUA